AUGGUCCCCAAGGUCGGUAUCAACGGUUUCGGUCGUAUUGGCCGCAUUGUCCUGCGCAAUGCCAUCAACGCUGGCACUGUCGACGUUGUCGCCGUCAACGACCCCUUCAUUGAGGUCCACUACGCUGCCUACAUGCUGCGUUACGACAGCACCCACGGUCAGUUCAAGGGUACCAUCGAGAUCGAUGGCACCGAGGGCCUGAUCGUCAACGGCAAGAAGAUCCGCUUCUACGCUGAGCGUGACCCCGCCUCCAUCCCCUGGGGCAAGUCCGGUGCCGACUACGUUGUUGAGUCCACCGGUGUCUUCACCACCACCGAGAAGGCCUCUCUUCACUUGAAGGGUGGUGCCAAGAAGGUCGUCAUCUCCGCUCCCUCCGGUGACGCCCCUAUGUUCGUCAUGGGUGUCAACAACUCUGAGUACAGCAAGGAUAUCAACGUCCUCUCCAACGCCUCUUGCACCACCAACUGCCUGGCUCCCCUCGCCAAGGUUAUCAACGACAAGUUCGGUCUCGUUGAGGGUCUCAUGACCACCAUCCACUCCUACACCGCCACCCAGAAGACCGUUGACGGUCCCUCCGCUAAGGACUGGCGUGGUGGCCGUACUGCGGCCCAGAACAUCAUCCCCUCCUCCACCGGUGCCGCCAAGGCUGUCGGCAAGGUCAUCCCUGCCCUUAACGGCAAGCUGACCGGUAUGUCCAUGCGUGUCCCCACCGCCAACGUCUCCGUUGUCGACCUUACCUGCCGCAUUGAGAAGGCUGCCACCUACGAGGAGAUCAAGGCCGUUAUCAAGGCCGCUUCCGAGAACGAGCUCAAGGGCAUCCUCGGAUACACCGAGGAUGACAUUGUCUCCACUGACCUCAACGGUGAUGACCACUCCUCCAUCUUCGAUGCCAAGGCCGGUAUUGCUCUGAACUCCAACUUCAUCAAGCUCGUCUCCUGGUACGACAACGAGUGGGGUUACUCUCACCGUGUUGUUGACCUCAUCUCCUACAUCGCCAAGGUUGACUCCCAGUAA